UAAAAUAAUUCCCUCAAUCAUUCAAGGUUGUUUCGCUUCGACUGCAGAGAAGGAAGAAGACGUCUCGGACGAACCAGUGGUUUAUAAGUACAGCAGCGCCACGAAUUUAGUGUAAUGUCAGAGAUCCAGGAUCCGAAAUCUGUACAGGACCUGACUGGGGUGGUCCAGACAUUGCUGCAGCAGAUGCAGGAUAAAUUCCAGACCAUGUCAGACCAGAUCAUUGGAAGAAUCGAUGAGAUGAGUGGCCGCAUCGAUGACCUGGAGAAGAACAUUGGUGACCUGAUGACCCAGGCUGGCGUGGAGGAGAUGGAGGCGGAGAACAAGGUCAAGGAGGAACAGGGCUCUGCUUAAAAGGUUUCCAAGUAACAGGAUGGUGGAGACUAUAAAUGGGAAACAGACAAUUUUUCAGGAGUAUUGUAGUAUUUAAGGUUUUUUGUUUUGUUUUAAUUAUUAAUAUUUUAAUUUACUGUGUGUGUAACAUGUUUUAUAUUAACUCUUGUAAUAAUGUUCACUGUCAACUUUUUUUUUUUUUUUUUUGAAUUGAUAUUUAACUUAACUUGAGACACUAUCCUGAAUAAUGGCUCACUCAGGUGACUCAGGCUCACUCAGGUGACUCGCUGGGCCAGUAACUGAUUAUGUCAACUAGCCAAUUGAUCAUUUUAACAAUAUUUCAACACAAAACAUUUUACUGCUAUUCAAAUGUUCUAAAAACAUGUUGUGUGUUAAGAUUUCUUUAUCACUUUGUCUUUUUCACAAUAAACCAGGGCUUGCAUACA